AUGCCGGUUGCGCUGAAAAAGCCCCACGCAUCCGCGAGAGGGUCACGCUCGGCAACUCCGCAUGGGCGCCACGCUCGCACGCAUCACCACGAGAAGAUUGAGAAGGAGUCAGCCAACACAACGAAGAAGCCCUCUCCUCAUACGACAAGUCGCGGCAUCGAAAGGGUGACGGGUGGGCAUCACUCACAGUUGGCGCACCACCAACAAAGUGAGGAGGAACACUCAAGCCGUACUCACAGCACACCGCUCUCACAAGCUCGCAGCCAUCACGGUAGGCGUCGCAGACGCGACAGUGACUGUAGAGUUGAUGACGAGGAUGGCGACUGUAGCUCUCUCCCCGACGCACGCCAUCCUCGCACGGAGACCAGCCCAGUGCUCGUGGCAGUAGCCUCGAAUCCUUUCCACGUUCUUGCAUCCUUGCCAAGGUUCUCCUCUGAGGUCUUCAAGUCGCUGCUGCCCCCCUCCUCUGUCGCCACAUGUAUCCUCGCUUUGGACGCAAAGCUGAUCGAGCUCCUCUACUGUCUCUCUCCUACUUCCGAGGAACGCCAGACGAAGUUACGCGUCAUCGACGACGUCCGCGCCACAAUUCAGCAAAGCGGCAUGGAUAUCGAGAUCUACGGCAGUCUCUACACCGGUCUCACGAUACCGGCAAGUGACGUGGACUGCGUUCUCAUGCGCAGCGGCAAUGAACAGAUCGCUAGUGCCAUGAGGGAAGACCUGCUCUGCGCCAUGUCUAGCAUCGCCUCUGCGGCCACCGGCUUAGCGUCGCAGAGGCAAGUCAGAGGGUCCCUUUCGGUUGCUCUUCGCACUGUGGCAGACCGUAUGCGGCGGAGCCAAAAAUUCACUCACAUUACCUGGAUUGGUCAUGCCAGGGUGCCGAUAGUGAAGUGUCGGCACCGCCGCGAUGAUGUGAAGGUGGAUAUGUCCUUCGAGAAGGGUGGCUGCGUGUCUUCCAACUACCUGUGCAACCUGUUCUGUAAGCCAGGCAACGAGAUGGCGCGACCGCUGAUCGUGCUCGUGAAGGCACUGGUGAACAACUGCGGCCUCGACGACCCAAGCAUCGGCGGUCUCGGCUCCUUCCCGAUCUCACUGCUCGUCCUCUGGUACCUGCAGCACUGCGUGCGCAGCCGCUUCUCGGUGGAGCUGCAGCGGAGCAUUGGCGUUCUUCUAACCGGGUUCCUCAAGUAUUAUGGGACCGAGUUUGACUUUCGCCACCUCGGCAUCGACUACGUGCAGCAGAAGACCUUCACCAAGCCGCCGGCUGAUGAUCUCUACAUCGUGAAUCCCAUCCACCCCGCUACGAACUGUGCGAAGGCAGCUACUCUCUUCGCUACGCGCGUCGUGCCGCUUUUCCAACAGGCCUCGGCCGCAUUCCUGGGCCUCCUCGACGCCAAGGCCCCUCCAACGAAAAUGGAGUCCCUAUUGCUUCACUACUUUGCCAAGGCAGCGCUGAAUGUGUCGAGCUGGCGCGAGGUGUCGCGACGGGCGGCGAGAGAGCCGCAUCUCCAGCAGAACAUGUGGGACGCUGAAACCAACAUGUACGUUGGCGGAGUACUAUGA